GGUAGUUGUGGGGAGCAAUCUCCAGGAAGCCGUCAAACAAGGUACUUUUGGCAAGCACAUAAGUAUGGUGGGGGUAGUGUCGCUUUUGUCCAGGAAAGGAGACAGGGUGGGAAAGCCAAAAGGGAAGGAGGAGGCCUUUGAGCAACCUCUUUUGGGACGCUGGUCGCUCCCCGAUGAAGAGAACAAGCCAUCGCAACUGACUAGCAAGAGCGAAAGGUGGAUGGAGAAGGGAAUUAUACAGCAAGUAGACCACCUAUGGCCCUAUGGGGCGAUCGGAGGAGAAUUCAAAAUUAAGCUAAAGCAAGUUGCAGAGCAGCCUGCCAAUUUUGGGAAUUCCUUACCUCGUGAGAGAAGAGAAGCUAGAUAUGAAGCAAUUACAACCGUAUCAUAUAAUCUUCUGGACCUCGACUAUGUCAUCGAGCAGCUGCGCGCAGCGCCGGACGGUCUUCAGAAGGAUGAGGAAGAACUUGAGGAGGGCUUCAUAUACCCGAUGAAGGACAAAUCACGGAAGGCGAAAUCAAAGUCAAGGAGUACACGAUCAAGGGCAUCGAGCCCUAGUUCGCAUUGUCAAGCCAACCUUGAAGACAUUACCCUGCCUGAAGCUAGCUUGAACCUGGGGGGCAACUUUGCAGGGUAAGGGAAUUUCUUCAAUUUCAACUUUUCAUUAAGUUCAACGCAUCAUGGGUGUGAGUAAUACUGAGUAUGCUUUCGUGAAAACUAGUAAACUACGUUAUUGUCCAUGUUUUUUUUUUUUUUUCACAGUAUCUUGUGGAUGACAAUGUGUAGACUGGCAAUUCCAUGUGUGUAGCACUUGCUGAUCAGCUGCUUGGGGGACAUGAUACACGAUAGAAGCCCAACUCAACUGUUACUCUGGUACUCUAGAACGAUCGAGGCGUUCCGGCACGCAGUGCACUGAGUGUGCAGUUGGAGGACACGAUUCCAAAUAGUAAAGCUACAACAGUGUA